UCUCCACACGCACAAAACGCUCUGUCAUGGCGUCUUCCAACCAUGUUACCCCCACCAACUGUAGCUGGUGGCCCAUCUCAGCCAUGGACGAAGACGGCAAAAUCACAGACGGGGAGGAGAGCGAGGAACCGACGGCAGAGCCCAAACCCUUCAACAAAGACAGGCUCGUUUUGUACCACUGGACGCAGUCUUUCACCUCCCAAAAGGUACGUCUUGUGAUCAAUGAGAAGGGUCUGGUCUGCGAGGAGAGGGAUGUGAGCUUGCCGCUGCAGGAGCACAAGGAGCCAUGGUUCAUGCGGCUGAACCUGGGAGAGGAGGUGCCCGUCUUCCUCCACGGCGAAACCAUCAUCAGUGACUACAACCAGAUUAUAGACUAUCUGGAGAAAAACUUUGUGGGAGAGACGGUGGCUCAGCUAGUUCCUGACGCAGACUCGCCUCUCCACGAGCGAGUGCAGCACUACCGUCAGCUGCUGGACGAACUGCCCAUGGACGCUUACACACACGGCUGCAUACUCCAUCCAGAACUCACCACCGACUCUAUGAUCCCAAAGUACGCCACCGCAGAAAUACGUAGACACUUGGCUAACGCUGCGACGGAGCUGAUGAAGUUGGACCAUGAGGAGCCACAGCUGACAGAACCGUACCUCUCCAAGCAGAAGAAGCUAAUGGCAAAAAUCUUGGACCACGAUAAUGUGAAUUCCCUGAAGAAAAUUCUGGGGGAGUUAGCCAUGGUUCUAGAUCAAGUGGAGGCUGAGCUGGAGAAAAGAAAACUAGAGUAUCAAGGUCAAAAGUGUGAGUUGUGGCUAUGUGGACCUGAAUUUACACUAGCUGACGUCUGGCUCGGAGCCUUGUUGCACAGGCUCAAGUUCUUGGGACUUUCUAAGAAAUACUGGGAGGACGGCAGCCGACCCAACCUGCAGUCCUUUUUUGUGCGUGUGCAAAAACGCUACGCUUUCCGCAAGGUCUUGGGCGACAUCCACACGACCCUGCUGUCUGCGGUCCUACCCAACGCCUUCCGGAUGGUAAAAAAGAAGCCGCCGUCCUUCUUCGGCGCCUCUUUUCUCAUGGGCUCACUGGGGGGCAUGGGCUACUUUGCCUACUGGUAUUUAAAAAAGAAAUACAUGUAGUGAAUGCCCUCUUGUUGUGUUAAAUGUCUGUGUAUUUGUGUGAUGUUUCAACUUUUCUGUAAUGUUUUAUGACUGCAGGAAAACAUAAUGAAUCUAUAUAGAGAACACUAUUACUUACCUGGGUGAACAAAGAAUAUUAAAACAUUCCAUGAUAAGAAAUUCUUGACAGCACAUUUUCUGGUAAUCAAGGCCUUCAUCGAGUUUGAUUUCUAGGCAACUUGCGGCCGGCGAGUCCUUGUUUGACUUUUGUUGAAGGCAUGCAUUGGGUCUUCUCAUACUUUAAAACGUUCAGAAGAAACCCAGACAAAAUGUUAAACACAGAAACACCAACAGGGUUAACUGACCUUCGCAUGCCACUAUUAUAGUCAUUACUCAUACCUGCUCUUCACUUCUCCAUCAGCCUGAGAUUUAGUCAGGAAAGCCGCAGGAAAAUGUCUCAUGACAAACCUUUCAGAAAAGUGCUGUGCUGCCAGAAACUGCCAGAGGAAAGAUGGAGGCAAACUGUUAGGGAGUAGUUUGACAUUUUUUGGUAUUUACUUUCUUCUCGAGGCGUUGAUGUUUAGACCGACAACACUCAUGUCUGUUUGUUAAAUAUGAAGUAAAAGCUAAUUUAGCUUGGCUUAGCAUAAAGACUGGAAGGACAGGUCACCAGUUUGCCCCAAAUAUGUCAAUGAUGCUCAAAGCUUGUUAGCAAAGUCUGAUUAGCUUAGCAUAGCAUAAACACUGGAAUGAGACCUAACAGCCAGCUUCAGUUCCCACCAAAUAGUUCAGUGUUGCUAAAAGCUAGUUAGCAAAGCCAGUUUAGCUUAGCUUAGCAUAAACACUGGAAUAGAAGCUAACAGCCACCCCAGUUCAUUACAGGCACAUACCCUGUUUUCAGUCUUCAUGCAAAGCUAGCACGCUUCUGCUGUAUCAUCUUUAACUCAGACAUAAGAAUCUUCUCAUCCAACUCUUGACAAGAAUGUCUUUUAAGUGCAUUUCCCUAAAAGUCAAACUAUUCUUUAAACUAACUGUUCACACUACACACAAUAAAACACAGACACACACUCGCAGUCAGUUUAUUUAGCGCACCACAGAUCACACACACACACUGGCUCACUGUCACACUGGAGUUCAGAUGUAACAAAAACGCUGGGUGUUUGAAAAGUUACACUUUGGCUGAACUGGUAGUACAAUUGUAAAUUCUGCGUCUCUGGCACAAUGGUGUUGAAUUAGGUUUAGGAUGUGUAUUAAAUUGCAUGGGUUACUUUCUUAUUGUGUAAGCGUUCCGUGAUGGGUGGACACUACCUGGAGGCAGAAUUUACGAUCACUACCGAACAUCUAAACCACAGAUUACUAAAUGUUCUCUUGCUAUUUGUAACCUUUGAACCACCUGCACUGUACGAUAUGUUGGAGACGGUCCCUCAGCAAUACUGAGCAAAGAGAGGAAAAUCACUGGAUUAAACUGCUGUUUGUUGCUGACUCCUCCUGACAGAUGCAAGAUUGUUUUUACAGAUAGAUAUUUUUAAUUAAACAUUGUCUUGUUUAUUUUACGGCACUGAAUUUUUAAAGAGCUCAAAGGUUAAAUAAGGGGAACAGGGGUGGAAAAGCUGACUCAUCUGAGUAUGACAAGGAAGAAGAAAAAGCCUUGCCAGCUGUCUUGUUGUUUGUUGAUGCAGUUUAAUUUUCUCACUCUGUUCACCCUUAAUGGGAGCCUUUCUGCUUUCCUCAUAGUCAGACCUCCAGGUUUUAACGUGUCAUAAUUCUGCUCCUGAACCCAGCUCUCUUUAGGUUUAACUCAUUAUGUGAGUUGUAAGCUGCUUUUGGUUUGGUGGCUGGUUUAUACAGGCAUUUCUUUUGCAGUUAUGACACACAGUGAAUAGUUUAUUUCUGUACAUACAAAGACUUGGAUAAUGAAGGGUCAUUUAUUUUUCAGUUAGGAUGCUCCCUGUUUUCUCCUGCUACGGACACUCGUCUCUGCAGGAGGUGAUUAGCAGCAGAAAACAAACCAAAGAAGAUCAAUGCUCCUUUAAUAGCGGCACCUCGUACGUUAAAUUAUAUAGAGGAAAUAAGAGGUGGGGGAAGCUGUAGUUCGUUGUGUUCAGUCUCAUGUUUGGAAGGUGCAGUAUAGCCAUAUAGAAUUAACUGUUCGGAAAGAAGAUGUGCAUUGAAGGAAACAGGGAGGUUGUUUGGUUUGUGAACUGUUCUUGCAUGAGCAGCAGUGAUGUAAAUGGAAUAAAAGAGGAGAUUUACAAAUAUAUAUAUCAGAACUAUUCAAAUUGUGACAUAAGCAAGUGGAAACAAACUUGUAGAGUUCCAUUUCCUGUUGCGACUCAAUCAAAAAGCUUAAUUGUUAUUUAUGUUGAUGCUUCACUCAUUUUGUUGAUGAACACGCAGCAGAUGACGUCAAAAAACCAGCCAAUCAUUGAACGCUUUUGAAAUCCUGCGAACACCUUUUUUGACUUCACUGCUUCUCCGACAUCGUGCUACCUGAGGGGCGGGAUCUUCUUUGAACGACACACAAAGAGUUCAAGUGGAGAAAUCCUAGUUGUGAUUUGUGGCCAUUAUAUUUCACUAUAGUAUUUUUUUAUUUCUUACUUUUUAUUUUUUAUAUUUCUAUAUAUGCAUUUAUUUAUGGUGCUUUUUAUGAUGUUUGUUCAUAAGCCUUAAUUUAUUCAG